AUUUCUCAAGAUAAUAUAGAAUACACGCACUUCCACGCUCGUCCACACUUAUCUCUACUCACCCACACUCAUCUAUUCUCAUCUACACUCAUCUGCACAUCUAUACACCCAUUCAUACUCACACACAUAAACACACACACACACAGAGAGAGAGAGAGAUAGGAUUAUAAUACAAUGGCUAUUGACAAUAUAUCAACUAUACCUCACCCUUUACGGCCUCUUACAGCUGACGAGUUAGCCAAAGCUCGGGAUCUUAUCGUCAAAGCACAAGGUGGAGAUGGUACUGUCUUGUGGUUUCGUUCGUCUGGUAUAGAUGAACCAAAGAAGGCCGAUCUACUUGAGUUCCUUGCCGCAGAACAUGAAGGAAGACUGCCCGAGGCUGUUCCCCCGAGACAGAUCAGAUUACUAUAUGACGCUGUCAAGGAUGGCAAGGCUCAGCUUACCGAGACGGUUGUUGAUGUCGACGCUGGUGUCAUUAAAGACACCAAAGAGUUUCCAGCGCGAUGUCAGACAAGUUACACAGCAUUGGAGUUUGGCAUGUUCCAUGAUGCAUGUGUCUCCUCGGAGAUGUUCAAAACGGCCCUGGAAGAGUUUCACUUGCCAGAACACUUGACCGUCACCAUAGAUCCGUGGCCAUACGGUGGCCCGGAUGUGGACGAAGAUAUUCCUCGCUACAUGCAAGGGCUGGUCUAUGCCCGCGACGCGUCUAAAAACAACCUCGACUCUAAUCACUACUCUUACCCACUUCCCAUAAUUCCCGUCAUGGACGUUGCCACCAAGAAGCUAGUCAGAGUGGACCGCCUUGCUACAGGCGGACAUAACGAUGGCUUUCAUCAGCCCCCUCCAGAAGAAAAACCUAGAAAGCUUUUCGCGAACAGCAGUGCGGCAGAAUAUGUCCCGGAAUUAUUAGACCGACCUUUCCGCACCGACCUUAAACCUAUUAAUAUCACCCAGCCCGAAGGUGCUUCCUUCAAAGUCCACUCCGAUAAUUUGGUCGAAUGGCAAAAGUGGCGGUUCCGUAUUGGAUUCACUUCCCGCGAAGGUGCAGUGCUGCACGAUGUAUGCUACGAUAAUCGUCCUAUAGUCUUCCGGUUAUCGUUUUCUGAGAUGACGGUACCAUACGGUGACCCCCGUCCACCAUUCCAUCGCAAGCAGGCUUUCGACUUCGGUGACGGUGGGAUCGGGCGAGCGGCUAAUAACCUCAAAUUAGGAUGUGACUGCUUGGGGGCUAUACAUUACUUUGACUCUGUCAUGGCCAACUCCGAGGGCAACCCGGACUUGGCACAGAACGUGAUCUGUCUACAUGAACAAGACAAUGGGAUCGGAUGGAAGCACACCAACUUCCGAACUGGUCGUGCUGUCGUUACGCGUCUACGUGAGCUAGUUGUACAAUUCGUCGCCACUCUGGCAAACUACGAAUACGUAUUUGCAUACAAAUUAGACACAGCAGGUGGCAUCACUGUCGAGACGCGGGCUACUGGUAUCGUCAGUGUUGUCCCAAUUGAUGAGGGUAAAUCCUCUGCGUUUGGUAACAUCGUUUCGCCCGGGGUAUUGGCGCAAAACCAUCAGCACAUCUUUGCGGCGCGCAUUGAUCCCGCUAUUGACUCGUAUGGCGCUGACGAUACUGCCAUCGUCAUCGAAGAAACCCACGCUGUGCCCAUGAACCCCGAAACUAACCCGUACGGUAAUGGGUACGAGAUUCGCCGCAGCCGUGUCGAGCGCGCGGGGUUCGCAGAUGCAGAGCCUCAAUUGAAUCGGGUGGUGCGCAUGGAGAAUGCGAGCAAGAAAAAUAGCGUCAGUGGUAAGAAUGUCGGGUACAAGCUUAUUUCUGGCGCCACGCAGCUUAUGCUCGCGGACGAGCGCAGCGUGCAGGCGGCUAGAGCGCCGUUCGGUAAGCACCACUUCUGGUUUACGGGGUAUAGGGACGGAGAGCUAUGGGCUGCGGGCGAGUUUACGAAUCAGUCGCAUCGUGAGGAGGGUGGUGUUAAGGAUAUGGUUGAGAGGGGAGAUUGGUUUGUGGAUGAGGCUGCGGUAACCAGUAACGGGGAUAACGGUGAUAACGAGGAGGCAAAGGGGAAGAAGAGCAGCCCUGUUGUCUGGAAUGUCUUCGGUCUUACGCACAAUCCCCGAGUUGAAGAUUGGCCUGUGAUGCCCGUCGAGAUCCACCAAUUCCACCUGCGACCUGCCGACUUCUUCACCAGUAAUCCCGCGCUGGAUAUCCCGAGCACUCGGAAUGAGACUAGCGUGCUUAUUCCCUGCUUUGAUAACAAUACCAGCGCAGCAGAGACGAAUCAGUCGAGCACUUGCUGCAGUAGCACCACCCUUCGCAUGGACAGCACUGUGCAGAGCAAUCCCGUAGCGCAUUUACAGGGCACUGGGCCGGACAUCAACCCUAAGGAUAUCCCCGUUCAGUCGAAUGGAAAGGAGAAGGAGAAGAGACGCUUGUCGGCGACGUUGUCGAAUCUGUUUACAUGGAAGAAGGACUAAUUGAGCAGGGUUUCUUCUGCCUCUAGAUUGCUUUGGGUAGUAAAUCGCACGACAUCUAUGGGGCCCAGUAGGCAUCCCAUCCACAUCUAGGUAUGAGCCUCCCUAUUACAUGACGAAAAGCGACACACAACGAAACGAAUUUGAAGCGAACCGCAAGUCUGAAUUCACUUUUUAAUAUACAUACUUACACAUGUCACAAAACGGAUACUUUCACUCCAGGUAUUAGCACAGUACAGGAUCUAGACUGGGCAUUUGCAUGGUUAGCUAUGUGGAAGAACGGAUUAAGCAGUAUGAUCCAACAUUGGCUGGAUAGAUUUAUUGAAUUAUUAAUGUUACUUAUUUUCCGGAUUCUAUAUCUAUGACCUUACAUGUAAGACUAUUGUGAUAGUUACCUAAUGCUACAUUUCUUCAGGUUAA